AUGUCCGUCGAGAAGCAGACCGUUCUGGGCAUGCCGCCCUUCCUGGCGGAUUUCCUCAUGGGUGGUGUCUCCGCCGCUGUCUCCAAGACCGCUGCCGCCCCCAUUGAGCGUGUCAAGCUCCUCAUCCAGAACCAGGAUGAGAUGCUGAAGCAGGGUCGUCUUGACCGCAAGUACGACGGCAUUGCCGAGUGCUUCAAGCGUACCGCCGCCGAUGAGGGCGUCAUGUCCCUGUGGCGUGGCAACACUGCCAACGUCAUCCGUUACUUCCCUACCCAGGCCCUGAACUUCGCUUUCCGUGACAAGUUCAAGGCCAUGUUCGGCUACAAGAAGGAGCGUGACGGCUACGGCCUGUGGAUGGCUGGUAACCUUGCCUCCGGUGGUGCUGCCGGUGCCACUUCCCUCCUCUUCGUCUACUCCCUCGACUACGCCCGUACCCGUCUGGCCAACGACGCCAAGAACGCCAAGAAGGGUGGUGAGCGCCAGUUCAACGGUCUUGUCGAUGUCUACCGCAAGACCCUUGCCUCUGACGGUAUUGCCGGUCUCUACCGUGGUUUCAUGCCCUCCGUUGCUGGUAUCGUUGUCUACCGUGGUCUCUACUUCGGCAUGUACGACUCCAUCAAGCCCGUCGUCCUCACCGGUAACCUUGAGGGCAACUUCCUCGCCUCUUUCGCUCUUGGUUGGGCCGUCACCACCGGUGCCGGUAUCGCUUCUUACCCCCUUGACACCAUCCGUCGUCGCAUGAUGAUGACCUCUGGUGAGGCCGUCCACUACUCCGGUGCCUUCGACGCUGGUCGCCAGAUCAUCGCCAAGGAGGGUGUCAAGUCUCUCUUCAAGGGUGCCGGUGCCAACAUCCUCCGUGGUGUUGCCGGUGCUGGUGUCCUCUCCAUCUACGACCAGCUCCAGGUCCUCCUCUUCGGCAAGGCCUUCAAAUAA